GCAAAUCAUUGGCAGCUUUUGCACUGUCUGUAGCUAGGAGGAAGGUUAUAGUAAAGCUCCCCCCAGGCAGAGUUACUCAAAUGUGAAUUUAAAGAUCUUGUUUGCAUUCAUUACAAACCCAUUUAAAACUGGCUGGCUGAGAUCAGGGCAGGACUAGUCUGAAGGUGGAGCUGACACUUGUCCCCUUGCUGCCUCUGGAAGAGGUACCUGUGGAUUGUUUGGGUCAGGGACAGGUGAAGGGCUACCCUGGAUUUCCUUCCUUCCUUCCUUCCUUCCUUCCUUCCUUCCUUCCUUCCUUCCUUCCUUCCUCCCUCCCUCCCUCCCUCCCUCCCUUCCUUCCUCCCUCUCUCCCGAUUCCAGUUCAACCUCCUUUUAUGAAUAAGCCUGUCUACAUUAGAUUAGUUUGAUGUCAAUUUUGCUUUCCGAAGGGUAGAGGUUACAAUGGCUGAAGAAAAAACAUUUCGCUAUGGACUUAUUGUCCUGGGAUUCUUUCUGGUCAUGAUUGGCAUGUUCAUAAUGAGUGUGGAGAAACCACAAAUCUAUAUCACCUUCUGCACCCUGGGAGUCUUGGUCAUUGCUGUGGGCAUCAUCUGGAGCAUGUGCCAGUGCUAUCCAAAGAUCAGAGUUGUUUCCAUUGACUCAGAGACUGAAAAGUUUUUUGUAAAGAACCCAGAAUCUGAAAAGUUCCUUGUGAAGAAGUUGGCUGCCUCAUCAUCAAUUGAAAAUAAGAUUCCUGAGAAGAAAAGUUUGCAAACCCAAUACACAAGCCAGAAAGAAGCUGACAUAUAUGAGAAAAGCCUGCCGACUUAUGAACAGAUCCAGACAAACAGUUCUGCAGAAUGCUUGGGAACUUUGCCUGUCCCAGUACCACUAGUCAGGACAGGAAGACAUCUCCAGCCUUAUGGACAUGCCAAAGCAGAGGUACACAGGGACUCAGAGAGUAAUGGGAGCCCUAACAGAGAUGCAAGAGGACUGAACUGCCCAUCUAAGAGGUUUCCAAAGGCUGCACCAUUAGCAUCUCUUCAAGAGGAAGUGGACACUUCUUCCCUGGACUCAACUUCCAACAGCCCAUUUUUACAGAGAUGGAAAGAUGUCCCAAAUCCUGUGUCUCUAACAGAAAGCCAGCUCCAAUUCAAGCUUCCUUCUUAUGAAGAUUUUGCCUUGAUUGAUUCCCUGGCGGUGGAAGGUCAGGGGCAAAGCAAUGAAAAUACCGUGGCCCCAAGCCAGAGCCAUUGCUCUGUUCCUCCUACAGCAGGCGAUGGCAUUGUGGGAAUAGUAGGCCGUGGUCCUCUGGAAUGUAGUAGAGUCUUGCAGGAGGCAGAAGAAGAUGAUUUAUAUUAUGGGAUCCAGGAGGAUCCAAGAGACACGUUUCCUUCUGCAGUCGCUGUUGCUGAACCAAAGCCAUAAACCUCCCCCCACCCCCACCCCCCCAUACCAAGAUGGAAAAGUACAGAAUUUUCAACAUCUUUACAUUUCAAAUUCAGGGAGAGUGAAGGGGGAUGGAAAAGUGAUAAUUCAAUCAAAUCCAUGACAUUAAGGAUUAUUUUUGCUGUGGGAUGGAAAAGAAAAAGAUGUGGGGGUGGGUGGGAAUGGUCAGAGUAAUAAAUAGUAAAAAGAAGCAAGGCAGAGUGGGAAAAAAAAUCUAUUCCAAAUCCAAGAACAAUAUGGUAUGUACGUGCCACUGUGUCUAAGGAGAGUGUAUAUAUGUUUAAUAUAUAUUUAUUUUAGGACAGUGUUUCUCAAUCUCAGUGUCCUUAAGAGGUCUGGAUUCCAACUUCCGGCCUGCUGGCUGGAGAAUUCUGGGAGUUGGUCUACAAAUUUUUAAAGUUGCUGAGGUUGAAAAACACAGCUUUAGAGCAGGUGUGGGGAACAAUGGCCCUUUUAGGACUUGUGGACUUCAAUUCCCAGAAUUCCUGAGCCAGCCAAAAUCUGUCAAGUGGGCUAUGUCUCCUUUCAUAAGAGGAAGCCUCAGCUUUGAUUAUUUUAUGGGAUAAAUAAACCAGCUACAGAGACUAUCAAGUCCCUUUAUCAUUUUUAUUGAUUAUAACAGACCCUUUCACCCUCAUCUGCAGUAGCAGAUUUCUGCAGAUGUUUUGGAAUGCAAUUUUUUCAUUAUGGUGUUGGCUACACAUUAUGGGAACUGUACUCCAACAGAACUACCACUCACUCUAAUCUGCAUUUGACUCCUGGAAAGUUUAUGUAUGCCUCCAAUUAAGUUAAUGUAUUUGAAAAUAAACAUGUAUUAAAUAUGUUUCCAGUGACUUCCUUCUGAAGGAAACCGAAUCUUAUUAAGAAGUUCUUAAUGUUCUAAGAAGUGUGAUGGAAAUAAUGAUACAAAGUAGGUACUUUCCUAUUGGGCAAGUACUGCAUUUCUUCUAGGUCAAGGACAUCAGGAUCUUCACUACAUAAUCCAAAAUUGGACACAAAGCUACAUUUUAUAUUGUUUACUUUACACAUAAUAUUAAUGUUCAGUCAUCGUUUCUGUUGUCUGGAGAAGAUUGCACAGAAUAUUUUCAAGGGUUGCAUGAAAUCCUGUAGGCUUAGGUGGUAUGCUUUUGCUGCAGAGGCAUAAAACAGUUGUGUAGUUCUUCAGAUUCCGUUUCCACAAAGUGUUUGGCAGUGCAUCGAUCUGAGCACAGCACUUGGCUACAACUCCUGAAAGCAGCUGCAUCUUUCCUGUCAUCCGAAUCAUGACUUUCGCUCAAUAGCUGAAUGCAGUUAGUACCUAAAAAUGCAGCAAGAUGAUUCAUGGUUGACUUGAACAUCAUUUACUGAUGCUUUUUUUUUUCUUUUUGGAAAGUAUGAAAUAGUAUUCUCAAAUGUACGAUAGUACUCUAAAUUACAAUAGAUGUAAGAUAAGUGUGCAUAUAAAUUGUCAUAUACAUGUAAUAAACAAGUAAAUAAAUAAAUUUACUAACUCCU